AUGUCUAAGCAAUUACCGCCUGUACGAGCAUGCAUCUUCGAUGUAGACGGCACACUCAUCAACUCGGAAGACAUCUACACAGGCAUCUACAACAGUAUUCUCCGUGAAUAUGGAAGGCCCGAGUACCCUUGGAAGAUCAAGGCUACCCAACAAAGCAGGGGUUCACGUGGUACUAAGCGCCUCCUAGACUGGGCACAAGUGCCCCUCACACUCGCGGAAUGGGCAGCGAAAGAAAAAGAAGGCACCCAUUUAUUUAAGAACAGCAAGAUGCUACCCGGUGUCCAUGAGCUUCUUACUACACUCAAGACUAAAACUUCACCACGCGUGUUCAUGUCGCUAGCUAGCUCGGCAGGCCAUCACAAAUUCGCCUUGAAAACAUCUCACAUACCGGCCAUCAAUGAUGCGUUCGAUGACCCGGCCUUUCAUAUCUUUGGCGAUGACCCCGAGAUGUCUGACAGCAAGAAGAAGCCCGAGCCUGAUAUCUUUCUCCUAGCCUUGAAGCGACUUAAUAGUGCGGAGGUGGCACGUGGCGAACGCGCUCUUGGUCCAGAAGAGUGCCUGAUUUUUGAAGACUCUAUUGCAGGUGUGGAAGCGGCGAGGAGAGCGGGUAUGCGUGUUGUCUGGGUACCGCAUCCAGGAUUGGCUGAGGUGUGCAGAGGGCGGGAGAUGGAUGUGCUGAUGGGAAGGACGGAGAAGAAUGGUAAUAUUCCUGAUUAUGGCGUUGUUGUUGAUGGGGGCACAUCAGAUUUGUCUGUCACUCAGGAUGGGCGAAUGACCUCGGAGGAUGGCAUGGCAGAGAUGAUACUGAGCUUGGAAGAUUUUCCUUACCAGGCGUACAGUAUGAAUGUUCUCAAGUGACCUUGAAGUUAGUGAGAAGGUAAACAUCUUUAUAGACUGCAAUAUAUGCUAAGAGGCCAAUCUGGACACGAACAGG